UAUGUGUGCGUAUUUAUAUCGGUUUGCCUCUCCUUCUCCAUUUCUCACCUUACAGCGUUUAAUCAAAGCUCUCCGUGUUCCCUUUGCUUCAGGUAAUAUUUGAACGAAUUGCUAAUUAGUACCAUGGGAUCCGUUGUUGAUGCUGCAAACAAGGAGGUAAAUGGAACCUCAAGUGCAAAGAAACCAAAUGUUAUUUUUGUCCUGGGUGGUCCAGGCAGUGGGAAAGGUACACAGUGUGCCUAUAUUGUUGAGCAUUUUGGUUACACACAUCUCAGUGCUGGAGACCUUCUCAGGGCUGAGAUUAAAUCAGGUUCUGAAAAUGGAACUAUGAUCCAGAAUAUGAUCAAAGAAGGGAAGAUUGUGCCUUCUGAGGUUACAAUCAAGCUUCUCCAGAAAGCAAUUCAGGAAAACGGGAAUGACAAGUUCCUCAUUGAUGGUUUCCCUCGCAAUGAGGAGAACCGAGCAGCAUUUGAAAAAGUUACUGAGAUUGAACCAAAGUUUGUCUUGUUCUUUGAUUGUCCUGAGGAAGAGAUGGAGAGACGCUUAUUAGGACGUAACCAGGGGAGAGAGGAUGACAAUAUUGAGACUAUAAGGAAGCGUUUCAAGGUGUUUCUUGAAUCUAGCUUACCAGUGAUUCAGUACUAUGAAGCUAAGGGGAAAGUUAGAAAGAUUCAUGCCGCAAAGCCCAUUGAAGAUGUGUUUCAGGAGGUGAAGGCAGUCUUUUCUCCUGAAGCUGAGAAGGUUGCAGCCUAGGCAGCAGCGUCAGUAAAGAGAUAUCCAGAUUAAUUGAUCAGGAAUGUGUUCUAUGUUCCACGGGUAUUGAAACUCAUCACCACCUCUUCUUUGAAUGUGAGUACUCUUCCAGCAUCUGGAAGCAUUUUGUGCAGGCUAUCCUACCUGCUACACCCCUUAAUGUGCAUUCAGCAGCUGCCAUGAUCUCUCACUUCCGCCACCCUUCUCAGGCUCCACCUGUCAUCAAGCUUAUCUUUCAGUCCGUCAUCUACCUCAUCUGGAAGGAACGCAACGCCCGGGUCUUUACCUCUGCCUCCACUUCUGCUGCUGGUCUUCGUUCCGCCUUAGACCGCCUGAUACGAGAUCGCUUGCUCUCCUUUCCAUCCCCGGACCCCACUCCGUCGCUGCUGCAGUUCUAUUUUUCUGGCCCUAGGCCUCCUUGAGGUUGUUCUGUUCUUGAGUUAGGUUGUUUUGUUUCUUCUUUCUGCACAAUAAGUUGUCCGCAACAGUUUUAAAUCUUGAAAAUGGUAUAAAUUUAACAUUUUACCAAAAAAAAAUAAUAUAUAUAUAUACUAACUCGACUCAGUCUGUUA